CAUGUACACACUGAAGAGUUCGAUUAUCGAUUUUUCAUCUCUGACUGAUCCAUAUGAAAAAUUCGAGAUAAUAGAACGUCUUGGAGAAGGAACUUACGGAGAAUGUCACGUAGUCAAAGAUAAGACUCAAAAUAAUCUAUUAGCUGUUAAAAUUCAAGAGAAUGUUUACGAACAUUUGGAAGAAAUUGAAGAGGAGUACCGAAUUCUGAAAGAAUUUUCGGAGGAUGAAAAUUUCCCCAAGUUCUAUGGUAUCUUCUCGAGAGAUGAGCAUAAAGAAAUCUGGUUCGCUUUGGAAUUAUGUUCGGGAGGAUCAAUUACAGAUAUAGUCAAAAGGAAUUUGGAGAGUGGGCAACGACUUUCCGAACAUAUCCUCUCCUACAUUCUAAGGGAAACUAUUGUUGCCCUAAAAAAGCUGCAUUCGGCCAAUAUUAUUCAUCGGGAUGUAAAGGGGCACAAUAUCCUACUUACUGCAGAAGGGCGUGUAAAGCUCAUCGAUUUCGGCAUAUCAAAGCACUUGGCCACAGCCAAUGAGAAGAGACGAACAUCGGUCGGUACACCCUUUUGGAUGGCUCCUGAGGUCAUUGCUUGCGAAACACAAUUGGAUUCGUGUUAUGAUAUUAGAGCUGAUACAUGGUCAUUAGGUAUUACAGCUAUUGAAUUGAUGGAUGGUAAACCUCCCUUAACCAAGAUUGGUCCUUCAAAAGCAUUAUUUCACAUUCCCCGUAGUCCACCGCCCACGCUGCUCCAUUCUAAUUUAUCAUCACCGAAAUUGAAUGACUUUAUUAGUCAAUGCCUAAUAAAAGAUAUGGAAAAGCGUCCUUUCGUUAGUGAACUUAUUUCGCAUCCGUUCAUCACUUCGUACGAUUCCAACUGCGUCGAAGAUCUUAUCGACCUUAUAGAAAAGACGGGAAGAAUCCUUCAUAAGGCUCACCCAACAACUAAAAGAGGCAAACUCAGGGAAGGAAAAAAACCGAAAUAUUCCAAAAUGAACGACGACUUAGCGGCAAUGGAACAUCUAAGCGAAGAAAUCAUAACAAAUGUUCUUCACGAUCGUUUUCUCAAUAAGGUAAUCUAUACAAAUAUUGGCGAUAUACUUAUUACCGUUAAUCCAUUUGAAACGCUCGAUAUAUACGAUCAUAAAACGUCGUCGAUUUAUGAAAGUUUAAACGACCAAGCGCCUCCACAUAUCUAUUCUAUUGCUCUUAGAGCAUACUCGGCAAUGUGCCGAUCAAAUGAAAAUCAAUCUGUUAUUAUAUCGGGUGAAUCUGGUUCCGGUAAAACGGAGAAUACAAAAUUCCUUCUGCAACAUUUAACGCAUUUAGGAAAAGCUCCUGAUAAGCGUCUCCAACAUAAAAUUCUGCAAUUGAACCCUCUACUGGAAGCGUUUGGAAAUGCUCAUACAGUUUUGAAUAGUAAUUCUAGUCGAUUCGGCAAAUAUCUAGAAUUAUUCUUUACCGCUCCCGAGGGUAAAUUCAUCGGAGCCAGACUAUCCGAGUAUCUCUUGGAGAAAUCUCGAGUUGUUUUUCAACCGAAAAUGGAAAGGAAUUUUCAUAUUUUUUAUCAUUUAUUCGAUUGCCUUCCGAAUUUAAUCGAUGGGAAAUGUAAAUUUUCUUAUUUGAAUAAUAGUCAUAAAAGAUCGGAUAUUGGAGAAAAGUUAGACAUAGGUCUAUGCCUACAAACUAUAGGCUUUAAUGAGAUAGAAACAAAGGAAGUAUUUAAAAUAUUGGCAGCUAUUCUUCAUAUUGGUAAUGUUAAAUUUGAAUCAGUCGAUAAACAACAUAAUCAGGGAUGCUCUGUCUCAAAUUCCGAUGUUGUUGAAACAAUAGAAUCUCUUAUUGGAAUAAAUACAUUAUCAAAUUUACUUACACAAUCGACCGUUGUUGCCUGUGGUGAAUCAAUAAUAAGAUGGCACGGAGUUCAAGAGGCAAGCGACGUUCGUGAUGCUCUCUCUAAAGCAAUAUACGGACGUUUGUUUUCAUGGAUUAUUCGCCAAUGUAAUUCAUUAUUAAAGCCGGAUGACGAGUUGGUUAAUGCAAGCACAAUAGGCCUAUUAGAUAUAUUUGGUUUCGAAAAAAUGGAUGUAAAUGGAUUAGAGCAACUGUAUAUUAACAUAGCUAAUGAACAGUUGCAUUAUUUCUUUAUUCAACAUAUUUUCGCUUGGGAGAAGAUGCAAUAUGAAAGUGAAGGUAUUGAACCAACCUCGGUCAGUUUUACUGAUAAUAGGCCAAUAUUAGAUAUGCUCUUAUCCAGACCAGUAGGCCUACUGGCCCUAUUAGACGAAGAAAGUAGAUUUCCAAAUGCGACCGAUUUGUCGUUAGUUAGAAAAUGGAAUACAAAUAUUAAAAGCCCGUAUUAUGUAUCACACAAAACCAAUUCUCUUAUGUUCAACAUAAAGCAUUAUGCGGGUAACGUCGAUUAUAACGUCCAUGAAUUCCUGGCAAAGAAUAGAGAUUAUAUUCCAGCCGAUAUCAUAAUCGCUCUGACAUGUUCAACCCUGCACUUGGUACGUGUUCUAUUUAAAUCGUCCUUGACCAAAACAGGAGCAAUUGACGUGAAUCCUAAUACGCCUAGUUCAACUUCUAGUCAGUUAUCAUCACCAAGUACCGGAUCUCAAACUAGGACACAACAGACCGCCACCACCUACUUUAGAUUUAGUCUUAUGGAACUUUUGUCAAAAAUGGUAACCGGUAACGCUCAUUUUGUGAGAUGUAUUAGACCAAACCCUGAUGCCUGUCCAAAAAUAUGGCAUCAACAAUUGGUCCUUAACCAAUUACGCUAUACUGGAGCCUUAGAAACGGCUCAUAUUCGCCACGAUGGAUAUUCGCACAGAAUGUAUUUCAAUCAGCUCUUUCAUAAUUAUAGAAUUUUAUUCUGGGUAUUCCCAGAGAAAAAUUCAUCUACUUGCCAUAGAUUCUUAUCCGAAUUCGAUUCAUCUUUGUGGGCAAUUGGCAAGACAAAAGUCUUUCUUAAAUAUUCGUUGGCCCUUGAAUUAGAAAAAAGAUGCGAAUUGGAAUUAAAGAGGUUGUUACUUGUUCAAGCUCAAGUUAGACGUUGGCUUUGUCUUAUUAAAUUUAGAAAGCAGAUAUAUAUGAUAAGACGCGUUCAAAAAUAUGCAAGAACUUGGCUAAUUAGGAGACUAAAUGCAGUCGUCCUUUUACAACGACGCAUUCGUAUUUUUAUACAAAAGAGGCGUCUUUUAAAAGCAAAACUUAAACGAUUCGAUUCUGCAGUUAAGCUUCAAAGAAUUGUUCGAUUGUUUUUGUUUAGAAGACGUCAAUUGAGAUCUGCAAUUAUACUGCAAAAGUAUUAUAGAAGAUUUAAAGCAAUUAAGCAGUACGAGGAGAGAAAGGUUGAGAAUGGAAUUUUAUCUAAACCCAUAACAAACAUGAAAUUUGAUUUCAUUCCUCCACCACCAUCAUUCGAUCCACCACCUCCUCCGCCGAUUGAAGCUGUUCUGGAUUAUUUGGAAUCUCCCGAUCAUUCUGGAGGUGAUGGCGAUGAUUUCUAUCGUGCCAUAAUGGCUACGAAAGUAGCUGCUAAAAUACUAGCUCACAAACCGCAAAAUGAUAAUUAUAGUACCCUUCCCGGACUCGGCAAAAAAUACCCGGAAUGGGAUGCUCCUCUUCAAGAUGCAAUGCUAAAGAAUAAACAAUCGGGCGAUUUCUCUCCACUGGCUAACUCGGAUGUUUGCUCUCGGUCCGAUUACGAAACGGUUUCUGAUUAUCUUCUGGUGGAGAGGCAAACGCCUUCAAACUCAAGUGCAUCGGCAUCAAUGAGUAGUUCCCCCUACACUGUCCUUCGGAAUCCUCAUUAUGAGAAUGUGCCAUCUCCACCCCCGUCUUCACCCAGCCUCAAAACUACCGCAAAUUGGUCUGAGCUUUUAAAAAAUGUCCCUAAAAAUACCGGAAAUAGAUACAUGAGUCGCUUCUACCCUCCCACUCCUCCCUUGGUUAAACAUGUUUCUUUUUCUCAUUUCGACGCUAUUUAUAGGCCUACCAGAUAUCCAGCCGAGGGCAGCACUGAUGACGGAGAAAGUGCAACGCAACAUAGAGAAGAUAUGAAAUCAGAACCUAAAAUGAAACUCCAACCUCAUCUUCCUCCUCCUCCUCCCCUACCUCCUCCACCUACCGCGAUGAAUAGGGGAGCAGCAGUGGACGUUAGCGAUCCUGCACCGUUGAUCGAAAUGAGAUCAAAAUUAAAGAAAAUAAAAAGGGAGGGAACCCUAAGAAAACCCUUAAAGACAACUGGUGAACAAAUAGACUUUAGAAGUGUUCUCAAAAAGAAAGCUUGA